AUGUCUUACGAAAGUCAACAACGUCGACUCUUAGCCUUGUUUGAACAAGCUGACGCCAGUGAAAAUGAACAGUGCAGUUCAGACGACCAGGGUGAAAUCCACCAUAUUUCAGAGCGAAGUCAAGGCAGUGAUACGGAACAGGAAUGCAGCGAUGAUGAGCAAGAAGUAAUUGUUUCAACAAGUAACCAGCAGUUUUAUAUUGGUAAAGACAAUUCCACCAAAUGGUCUUCGCAACCACCUCGAACCAACGUCCGCACAAGGUCAGAAAACAUAAUUUUACAAAAACCUGGGGUAAAGCCUAUUGCGUAA